ACCAUGUUACGUCACGAGUUUUCGGCUAGACUUUUUUUCCACCGGAGGCGAUGCUAUUUGGGUGCAUGAACCUCGCGAUAUUGUUUCAACAAACGAUGGAUGACGUUCUAUGUUCUGGUUAUUCUCAUAAGACAAUUUAGACGCACUGCAGAGGCGUAUGGAGGUCACUGACAGUGAUGCUCGUCUAUGUUUGCUCUGUCGUUCCAAAAAGUAGCUUGAUGAGUGUCCAAAGUAACAGUGGAAGUGGUGGAAGUUUAGAGGGGACGCCAUCUUGGUCCCAGCUCUCCACGUCCCCAACACCGGGGCUGCUUUCUCAGCAACACAGUGCAGCACUGGCGAAGGCCAAGGAAGGAGCGAUGGAGGAGCUGCACAGUCUGGACCCCAGACGGCAGGAGCUGCUGGAGGCUCGCUUCAUGGGGGCGGUGAGCGGCAGCACGGGGGGCAGCACGGGGAGCACCAGCGGGGGAACCAAAGGCUUGACAAACAAUGAAUGUUCAAAUCACAGUUUCGGCAGCCUGGGAUCCUUAAGUGACAAGGAGUCUGAGGUAUGCCUGAUCAAAAAUGCUUCUUAGUCGCACAGGUGAUGGCAACAGGUAAUAUUAAUCUGCUUACUUGCAAAUAUUUAUCUCUUCAGCUUGUAUAUUAACAGACAAAAAAAUGGCGCUGAGGGGAUGGGAGGCUGGCAAGGAGCGUGGCGUAGAGGGUGGCGUAGAGGGUGGCGUAGAACGUGGCGUAGAGCGUGGCGUAGAGCGUGGCGUAGAGCGUGACGUAGAGCGUGGCGUAGAGGGUGGCGUAGAGGGUGGCGUGGAGCGUGGCGUAGAGGGUGGCGUAGAGGGUGGCGUAGAGCGUGGCGUAGAGGGUGGCGUGGCGUAGAGCGUGGCGUAGAGCGUGGCGUGGAGCGCCCCCCUGCUGUGCCUGCUCAGCUCAGCUCAGGGUGGUCAGUCAUGCUGUGCACCUGCCGGAUGCCCCGGCCCUCCCAGCUGCCUGUUAGCGUUAGCGCGCUGCACUAGCAGUGGACACACACACAGACACACACAGACACUAUUGUGUUGGUGUUCUAGCCAUGCUGUGAGCGGAAGGAGAGUUCUACAUGUUCUGUGUGGUUCUGUAGCGUUAGUGUUGUAGCCGUGCUGUGAGCGGAAGGAGAGUUCUACAUGUUCUGUGUGGUUCUAUAGCGUUGGUGUUGUAGCCAUGCUGUGAGCGGGAGGAGAGUUCUACAUGUUCUGUGUGGUUCUAUAGCGUUGGUGUUGUAGCCAUGCUGUGAGCGGGAUGGUAGCUGUGCAGCAGAGGGAUUAGGAGCUCUCUGGCUGCUGCAGGCUUCUAGUGGAGGGGAGAGAGAGUGGGUGGCGCUGGAACAUGUAGACAUCCGCAAGCUUCUUCCUGGGAGCCUGUCAGUGGUGUCUGAGCCAAAGAUUAAAGGCAGGUGUGUGUGUGUGUGUGUGUGUGUGUGUGGGGAAGAGAUUUCAGAACCUUGUUGAGGUGGUUAUUGGAUGCACCAUCUCCCAACAAAAUCUGUCCUUGUGCACACAGACACAUACAUGCAUUGCACACGCAUGUGCACAAGCGCAUAGACACACACACAAACACACACACACAUCUUUCACAGUCCACCUGCUUGGCCAAUAAAUCAGUGAACAACAGUGGGAGUGUGUGAGGGUAAUUGUAUCUCUUCUAGUGUGGAAGUAUAUAUGUCUGAGUGGCAAUAAGAGAGGGUAUUGAGUGAGUUAGGUGUGUGUGUGUGUAAGUGUAACAUACUGCAUAUUAUAUGUGUAUAUAAUGGGUUUUGGUUGUGUAUUUUAGCUUUUGUAAUGGGAAUGUCAAUAAAGGUUUGAAUCUGAACUAGAAUUUGAGGGCAGCAACAAGAUGGU